UGAAUGGAGGUCAGUGGAGGGAUUGGCAGAGAGGGGUGGAGGACACUGAGUGGAGGCCAGUGGAGGGAUUGGCAGAGAGGGGUGGAGGACACACGAUUGGAGGUCAGUGGAGGGAUUGGCAGAGAGGGGUGGCGGACACUGAAUGGAAGCCAGUGGAGGGAUUGGCAGAGAGGGGUGGAGGACACUGAUUGGAAACCAGUGGAGUGAUUGGCAGAGAGGGGUGGAGGACACUGAUUGGAAGCCAGUGGAGGGAUUGGCAGAGAGGGGUGGAGGACACUGAUUGGAAGCCAGUGGAGGGAUUGGCAGAGAGGGGGUAGCAGACACUGAACAGUUGGUAAGGUGGAUGAGCCUGGCAGCAGUAU